UCGAACGACCGCGUCGCGUUAGAAGCACGAAUUAAAUUUAUUCAAUUACAUAAAUAGUGAUGUGCUACAAGACAUUCGAUUAAAUCGAUUAAAAUGGAUCCCGAAAAGAAUAAGGAGGGCGAAGUGACAGUGGAUGAUAUUUUGCAAAUUCUUGGGCCAUUCGGAAAGUUUAACAUAUACAAUUAUAUCUUGAUUUUGUUCCCUGUAUUGUUGGCGGGAAUGUAUUCGUCUGUGUAUAACUUUGAAGCCAUGGAUCUCAGAUACAAAUGCUCGACACCAGAAUGCGAAGACCCGGAGGCAAACUUCACAAUACCGCAUUUGGAAGACGGAUCACCUUCAAAAUGCCUUCGUUACGCACUUUUCAACGUCACCGACUUCACAAACUCUACUCAAAACAACGAUACGUGUUCUCCGCACUAUUUCGACACAUCCUCGGAGAUUGAAUGUGACUCGUACGUGUAUUUCGAAGAACAUUCUAUUGUGAAAGAGUUUAAUCUCGGCUGUCAAGAUUGGAAAAGAUCACUAGUUGGAACAGUUCAUAAUGCUGGCUUCUUCAUAUCCAUACCUUUGACGGGGUUGAUUUCGGACAGGUUCGGGAGGCGGUUAGCACUCGUGUUCGCGAGCGUCGCAAACGGUGUCUUCGGAGUGAUUCGAGCGUUUUCGUUGAAUUACGAAAUGUUUAUUGUUCUGGAGUUUUUGGAACCGGCGCUCGGUGGUGGGGUUUAUACGGCGUGUUUUGUUCUUGCAUUAGAACUGGUUGGACCAAAAGGAAGAGUGUUCGUCAGCUUGUUGUUUAACACAAUGUUCAUUCUUGGGGGAGUCACUGUUACUCUUCUCUCAUGGUGGCUGCAGAGUUGGCGAUACUUGCUGCUGGUUAUCUACAUCCCAGCUAUCCUAGUCUUCUUCUACUUAUGGACACUGACUGAGAGCUUCCGCUGGUUAUUCAGCAAAGGACGCUACGAAGAAGGUCUAAACGUCCUCUCUAGGUGUGAGAAGGUUAAUAAAGCUACUGUGCCCAAAGACUAUUAUGACCAAGUAGAAAAAAACGCAAUGAAACAACGAGAUGCUAGGAAGUGUGAAGUUCUGGCGACCAAUCAGUCCACGUUCAAACAACUCCUAUUAUCUCCAAUGAUAUGGAAACGACUAUUUACCUGUUCUUUCCUUUGGGCGACGUCUACUCUGGUCUACUAUGGUCUUUCUAUCAACGCAAUAGAAUUGUCGGGAAAUAGUUACUUGAAUUAUAUCGUCGUCAUCGUAAUUGAGGCGCCGGCGAAUGUCUGCAAAUUGAUUUGCUUAGACAGAUUCGGUAGGAAACGAGUUAUAGCGACUGCUUUUAUUUUGACCGGAAUUAUACUUAUUACUUACGGAUUUUUACCAGGUGGUAAUUGGUCUACGGCGUUUUACUUGGGCGGAAAAUUCUUCAUUACUUUAGCUUAUAAUUCAUUAUACAUAUUUGCGGCCGAGGUUUUCCCCACAAAUUACAGGACUACAUUGCUAGCGAUUUGUUCCACUAUUGGAAGAAUCGGCUCUGCUGUCGCGCCUCAAACUCCUUUAUUGUCACGAUACUACGAAUUCCUUCCAACACUUGUGUUUGGUGUCAUGUCUGCUUUAUCUGGAUUACUGGUUCUCACACUGCCAGAAACUAAUAAUCAAAAGCUACCAGACUCCUUAAAGGAGGCUCAAGAACAAGACAAACAAAGAGAUGAAGAAAUUGGAGAUAGAGAACCAGGAGAUACAGAACGGAGAGCAGGAACAAAAACGAGUCUGUGAAUAGUGAAAUUAUCUGGUUAAUUCAAAAGACUGAUAAAUAAAAUAAACAAUUGUUCUAUUGUUAUUAGUGUACACGAAUCUGACGAUAUUUUUUACAUAUGUAUCAUACGUAUCUACAUAAUCGUACAUAAUGUAUAACACUAGUAUAUAUGUCGAAAAUUUGCCUUGUCUAUUAAUUUUUCUUUGAUGUACAAAAUUUUAGUGUUACCGCGAAACAAACAUUUCGCAUAUUAUUGUAUGUACAUUAGACAGGCUGUGAUUUAAGUAUAUAAUUGUAUAAAAAUAAAAAAAUACUACGUUACUAAU